AUGAGUAACAGAGACAGAUUGAUUGAAGAAUGGAGAUUCCAACAACGUUUUCAUCCUUACGAACAUAGACCAGCUGAUCAUCAAUUUUUGGAAGAUGCUCAUCAUAUGGAUCCAUCUGAAAGAUACUAUCGUUGGCAUGAGCGCCCAAGUUUCCAUCGUCCUGAACAAAGGCGUCAUGGGUUCCAUCAUCCAAACCAACACCAUCUUCGUUUUCAUCCUCCCGAACAAUACCAUCCACAUUUUCAUCAUUCAGAUCAACAACAUCAAAGGAUUCAUCAGGGCUUUAUACCUGCACAUCAACAACGACUGCAUGAAGAAUGCAGGGAUCUAACUCUGGAGAGACAACAUGUUUUUGAGGACUUGCAUAGGCUCGAACAAAGAGUUCAAACUUUACGAAUGUCAGACCAAACUGUAAAUCAUCAGAAUUUCAUUCAAGGUCAACGCCUCAACUUUGUUGCGGAUAGACCUGAAAGCCAUCCACCAAGAGUUCUCAAUGGUCAAUCUCACCCUGCAGGAGGAAAUGUGUUAAUACGUGCCACGCAAAUAACCACAAGAAUUAGGCCUCUAAUGGGACCACUACCUUUACUACAGCAGUAUGCACCAAGACAACUUGUCAGGCCAUUACAAAUAAAUUCUUUUCCUGAGAGCCCUCGUACAGAUCUUAAAGAUAAGUCAAAUGUGGUGGAUACAGGUACUUCAGAUAGUAAAGUUGUUUCUCAAGUAAAAACAAAUAUUGUAGAAUCUGAUGAAUCUCCAAAAAACAUUCCCAGAUCAUCAUCGUCACUUGCAGACUCUCAAAAUGGCCUAAAGCAAGAAGUUGAGUUAGAAAUUGACAAGUCCAUACCUCCAUCAACUGUCCCAAAUUCUUCUGCUACUCUCAAAUUUUCAAAAAUGCUAGAUUGUACUCCAGAUGAAAAUAUUACUGUUGCAAAAGAAAGAACUCCACAAACUUUACAGUCUGCCACAAAGCAAGCUACAUCUAAGGAUUUUCUUGACCAAGGUAAUAGAUUGUCAGUAAAAUCCAACGAACAGAUUAGAUCAAGUGCCCAGGAGACAAAAGAGUCAAAACAAACAAAACCUGUGUCAGAUGAUACCAAAAGUCUACCCCAGCUUGAGAACCUAGUAAUACCAUGUUUAGCUGAAAGAAUUUCAUUACAGACCAAAGCUAAGCCUAAUACUAACAUCAAUAUUGCCAAAGAUAAAGAAUCCAUGGUAGGAAAGUCUCCAAAUCAACAAUCUCAGCAUAAUAAACCAAAACAAAUCCCAGAAAUAUCAAAAUCUAAUAUUGAAAGUCUUCAUCAGAACUCAAAAGUAAGAGCUGAAAGUCAAGGUAUAUCAAAACAUUCAUCUGCUCAAGAAGCCCUAGUUGUUGUUCCUUCUGAUUUGCCAAAUAAGAUUUCAGACACCACUAUUAUAAAACAGAUUCCAAUAUCAACAAAGUCAGGAGACGUUAAAAAAGUAGAAUCUCCUGUCAGUAAGAGCUUUCUGCUUGAUAGAAAUUUUGAACCGAUAAAAUCUGUUGUCUCAUCAAGAAGUCCAACUAAGUCGAGAAGUAGUGAGAGAAAAACUACUAACUUGAAAUCAUGUGAAUCUUAUGGAGGUAAAGAUGUGAAAGAUACAAUGUCAUCCAGUAUGAAAGUUAAUAGAGAGUCAACAAACAUCAUUUGUAUUACAGCAGUGGACUCCAAUAAAAACAAUAAAGAAUCAAUAAAAGGAGCCCAAGAACAAGGAUCAUCAACACCCUUCUCACCUCCUAUGCAGAUUCAAGUCAUUACAUCUAGGUUCAAAAAUCCUUCGUCAAUCUCUAAGACGCGUGAAAGGGAUGGCAAAACAAAUCUGUCCAUAACAUCAAAUAUUUCUUCAUCAAAUCAAAUGGCCAUAACAAGUCUUCCCUCAUAUCCAUCAGCUGCUUCACCAAUCAAACCAGCUAGAAAAAUAGAAGAGAGUUUUGGAUUUGAGACAAAUGCUUCAUCUGUAAUUGACUCAAUAAAAGCUCAACCAACAAAAGAGUCAUGCCAUUCUUACACUAAAGAUUCCAUUUCGCCAAAAUUUCUGGAUUCUGUGAAAUUUCAGAGUCAAUCAGUACCACAACCUACCAAACUCCUAAAAGACAUCUUGCUAGAUAUUGGACUUGAUGUCAAACCAUUUGAAAGCAAACAAGAGCAGAGAAAUGAAACAGAAAGCAUCAGCGCUGAUCUGAGUAAUUCCAAUGAAAAUGAGGAAGGUGGUAAAGCAGAUGAAAAGAAAACAAAAGACCCUGGUAAAAUUACGAAAGUACCAAAUUUUGAUGCUGUAAAGAAAACACAGAUCUCAAUGCUUGAAUUAAAGUCAAUAAUUGAAAAGGUUCAGGAUAUCAAGGUGGUUGAUGGUCACAAAGGGUUGCAUUCCAAAAUGACAAAUGAUGACUGUCACACUACCAAGGGUCCUAACUCUGGUGGAGAGAAUUCAGCUAUAACAAACACCAUUCCCAUAAAUGAAAUUAAAACAAUUAUGAAAAUGGCUAAGGAAGUUGAAAAGCCUGAGCAUAAAUCAAAAGGAUAUGAGGACUAUGAUGCUAGAAACUAUGGUAGGGAAGCUUAUGAACAAAAUUCCAUUGCUAUCAAACUUCCACAAAGAACUGAAAAAACUAUUGAUGAUUUGAUAAGUGGCUCAGAUGAUGAAGGUGAAAUGGAGGAAGAUGACACAUUUUCAAGAAGAAGUAGAUCAAAGUCCAAAAAUAGUCCUGAUGCUCAAAACUUGUCGGGGAGGUACAAUUCAAAAAGUAAUAGAUCUUCUUCAGGGGACAAGUCUCCAAGAAAAUCACUUUCUUCAAAGGAGAGGUAUCCAAAAAGUUAUAAUUCUCAAAGUCAGUAUGAUUUAAGUUCUGAAAGAUCCAUGGAAGAUCGACCAGAAGAUGGGACUACUAUUACUUCAAGUUACAGUGCUUAUGUGAGUCCUAGGAAAAAUAGACAUUAUCAAACUGAUAGUAUGAGGCCCAGUAUUAGGAAUUCAGAUGACAACAUGCAUUCUAGAUGGACAUCUUGGAAAAAAACUGAGCUUGAAAAGAAAGAUUUGGAUGAAAGAAAAUUUUCAAGAUGGAAUGAUUUAAGUCGGAGAAGCCAUGCCAGAAAGAAUUUGAGUGAAAGGAAAGAUUUAGAUGAAAGGAGUCUUUCUAGAAAAGAUUCAAGUGAAAAGAGUCAUUCUAGAAAAGUCUCAAGUGAAAAGAAAGGUUCAGAUGAAAGAAAAUUUUCAAGAUGGAAUGACUCAAGUGAAAAGAGUCUUUCUAGAAAAUAUUCAAGUGAAAAGAGUCAUUCUAGAAAAGACUCAAGUGAAAAGAAAGAUUCAGAUGAAAGAAGAUUAACAAAAUGUGAUGAUUCAAGUGAAAAUAGCCAUACUAGAAAGGACUCAAAUGAAAAGAAAGAUUCAGAUGAAAGAAGAUUUUCAAGAUGGAAUGACUCAAGAGAAAAGUGUCAUUCUAGAAAAGAUUCAUGGGAAAAGCAAGAUUCAGAUGACAAAAGAUUUUCAAGAUGGAAUGACGCAAGUGAAAAUAGCCAUUCUAGAAAAGAUUCAAGUGAAAAGAGUCAUUCUAGAAAAGAUUCAAGUGAAAAUAGCCAUUCUAGAAAAGAUUCAAGUGAAAAUAAAGAUUCAGAUGAAAGAAGAUUUUCGAGAUGGGAUGACUCAGGUGAUAGAAACCUUUCACUAAUGGAUUCAAGUGCAAAUAAAAAUUCAGAUGAAAGAAGAUAUUCAAGCUUGGAUGAUAAUGAUUACAGAAGAUCGCCAAUAAGAGAUAACUGUAGAAGUUCCAUUUACACUAACUAUGACUACAGAAGUGGACAGUUUUAUGAUUCAACAAAAACUUAUUCAACUUUAGCUGGGCGUCAUAAAGAGUCUUAUUCAACUCCAAGUCCAAUGAAGCAUUAUUCAAUUAGGAGUCAAACCAAGUCUACUUCCGCUAGGAGUCUAACCAAAUCUUCUUCAGCUAAGAGCCCAACCAAGUCUUCUUCCACUAGGAGUCCAACCAAGUCUUCUUCAGCUAAAAGUCCAACUAGGUCUUCUUCAGCUAGGAGUAGAGCCAGGUCUUCUUCAGCUAGAAGUCCAGAAAAGCCUUCUUCGUCUAGGAGUCUUAUGAUGUCGUCUUUGGCUAGUAACCCAAAAAAGUCCAAAUCAAACAGCAGUCCUACAAAGGGACCCUUCUCAUUUUCAAAGCAUAGUCCUUACAAGAAGGGAUUAUCAAGUAGAAGAAAUCUGUAUGAGAAUGAAUUAAACAAGGAUUGUCGAAAGCAUCAGCCACCCACAACUAUUGUACCAUCAAGAAGAGAGGUAGUGACCUAUGGUGAUAUGGAUCAAUACAGGAAAGAUCCUGAUGUUGAUAGUGAAGCCUUAAGGAAUACCUUCAAUGAUGCCACCAAACAUACCAACUUUGAUUGGUACAGUACUGGUUCGUCUGUUGAGGAAGGUGAAAUUAAGGAUGUUGGUUUCAGAAAUGGCUCAGAGAAGAAGAAAAGAACACUAGAAAUCAUAAGCAUAACACCACCAACUGUUGCAUCAAUUGAAUCAUUUACAGCAGACAGAGAUUACAGAAAGUCUCCUGAAAUUGUCUCCAAAGUGUCCAACACCAAGAAUUCUGGUAAAUAUUCACCCAUCACUUGUGAUUCAAUCAGGGAUCAAAGAUCGUAUGAACCUUCCAGACCUUCACUUUAUGAAUUAACUAUGAAGGAUGUAGAUUAUAAAACAGUAUUCUGUAAAUCAAAGGGAAAUAUGAUUAGUCCUGAGAGCUCCUCAGUACCUAAUAAGGGUAUCAACAUUCUUCAAGAACCAAGAAAUGAAACUGAACAGCGGAUAUCUUCGAGAUUUGCAGACACUACAAAGAUAUCAAAGGAUGGUCAAGAAAUAAAAUCCAAACCAGAAAUAUUCCCCUCCACAGUAGGUCUUGAGCUAUCACAGAAAAAGACAAGUGUUGAUGAUGAAUCUUGUGUUACCAUAGAAAAUAGUCUCUCUAAAAUAUCUCUAAAAAUUACUGAAGGUUUUUCUGUUCCUUCCAUAAAAGAAACAGGCACGUCUACUCAAAAAAUUUUGCAGCCUGAAGUAGAUCUUAAUCUGAAAUCUCAAAAUAGAAUUGCCAGAAAGUCAAGGUGGGAUAUCAAAGUAGGGUCAAUGAAACCAACAGCAAAGAGAGAAGAAAUGUUUAGGAAAGAUCAGCUUAAGAAAGCUGUUUCAGCAAUGGCUGUAGAUCCUUCAAUCAUAGAAAAUUUAGUAGAGUAUGUUAGUGACCAAUCAACACCUCCAAUGGAAGAGAGAUUUUCAAAUAUUGUUGAAGAAGCUGUUAAAAUAGAUCCUGAAGCACACCCUACAAAAACAGUUGUCGAAGCUAAUGCAAUAUCAACAGAGGUUCACCCUGCAGAAACAGUUGCAAAGAUAGCACCUGAUGCAUACACUACAAACAUAGUUAUAGAAACUUCGUCUAACAUAGUGUUUGAAGAUUAUUCCACAGAUAGAGCGGCUGAAGCAGAAAAGAAUUUUGCAUCAGCUUCAUCCAGAGAACCUGAAUUUCAUGACUUCAACCCUGCAAGUGACCCAUAUAUUGAUGAGGUUUCUGAACAUUGUGAUGCAACAAUCAAAGGCAUAGCUGGAGGUACAAAGCCAACCAAAACCACAAACAAUACAAUUGAGUUGACUUAUUCAAAUCCUCAAGGCUGUAAAAGUUCUCAACCAAUUGCUACUUCCUGUUCAGAGAAAGCAACAAAUAACAUCACUGGUCCUACUCUCUGUUCAACUUCUGAUUCUGAUACUGGAAAAGAUAAGAAAGAACCUAAAAAAGAAAAGCAUGACCAAAAAAAAUAUUUUGCUUCGAAAGUUAUAAAUAACUCAAAACAAAGACAUUCAUCUGAAAAUAGCAAGAAAAAGUAUUCUUCAAAACUAAGCAGUGGGGUUGAUAAUGAGAUGUUUUCCAAAUAUAAAUGUACCAAGUCAGGCGUGCCAAAGCCUCCAAUUUCAUCUUCUGGAAUUUCUGAUGAUUCUUCAAAAUCAUUUAAAGCAAAGCGUCGCCACAAGUCUAGUGUUCAAUUGAGAGUGCAAUCAGAGAGUUUCAAUAUUUUAUCAUCCAUCAACCCAAUUGUAAUAGACUCCUCUUCAUCAUCAGAGACAGAGGGAAAGAGUUUUCAGGCUGUUACACCACAGGUUCAAUCAGUCCAAAAGGAUGAAGUGGUUAUUUAUGUGUCAUCAAGCGAAAGUGACGUACAGUGCACAAUGUCUCCCUUGAAGAUUCAGGGAAAGAAGAAGGUUAAUACAACAUCUGUAGCAAAGUUGGAUGCAAGAGGAACAUCUUCAGUGUCAAAGAAUCAUGAAGAGGUGAAUAUUGAUAAGGAAUUGGUUAUCCUUGUGAAAGACAUUUAUCCUAACAAAACCAAAGAUGCUCGGAUAAGCAAGAUGCCAGAAAAUGAUGCGGAAAAAAAUCAAACGAAAGAUUUGGCAACCAAUCCAGAUCAACCAAAGAAUCAACAUAAAUUGAAAUUAAAAAUACCCAAGAAAACUGGAACUCUGCAAUGUAAAGAAGACCUAUCUGGAGAUAACAGUUCUUUUGGUUCAUUUCUGGAACAACAGAGUCAUGAAUACUUAAAGAAAAGAAUUAAAUCUAAUAAAUCUCCUAAAAGAUUCUCAGUUAAACCUUUGAGCCUUCCUUCAACUCCAGAUAAAAAUGUUAUGGAAUAUCCUACAGUGAAACAUCUGGCAGACAGAUCAUUAUCCUGCGAUGAUUCCAAACAUUUUAAGACACCGGAUAAACCAAAACUCAGCAGUGAUAGCCUUCUGCUAAGGGAAUCGACUCUCAGUGGAUUUAAAAAGAAUUUGGAAAAAUCACCAAUUCUGAAAGCUAAACUUAAAAGUUCCAGUCCUGGCAAUCAAAAGAGUCAAGCAGGUUAUUGGAAUUCAGGAGAAUCUUCAAAGAUAAUGAAAGAAGGACUAUCAGCUGUUAGAUCUUCUAUAGAAGAACCCAUCAAUGAUGAUAUAGUUCAGUCAAAUAAUGCUGUAGAAGCUGUAAUGAAGCCAAGUAUUGAAUCUGCCCAAUUGAAGUCUGCUGUGUCAAAACAUGGUAAAACAAAUGAAAUAGAUGAUGAUUCUGGUGUAACACCAUUACCUGAUGAUCACUCUAAUUCUGAUGAUUCUGAAGUGCUAGGAUCACCAGCUGGUAGUCUGGAUCUUGGUGAAGAUGACGAUAUUGAUCUAGAAAAAGAGAUAUCAUUAUUAGGUUACAAUGAUGAUAUACCAAGUAAGAUGUCAUCAGCAACUUCUAGCAUAGAGGUAAUGGAGGAGAAUAUGGAUAUGAGUAUAUCAUUAGCUUCUAGUAGUACAACUGAAACAAUUCCAAAAUCAUCCAACAUUCAACAGUCUUCUAAACAUUCAAAUACUGGCUUUUCAUUGGAUGAUUUGUUAGCUGAAAAGGAUACAGAAGUGAGAAAUCGCGACCUUUUACAGAUGCAAGAUGAACUGAAGGAAGAUAUCAAGAAAGGUGGUUUUAAAGUUCUACAGGAAGAGGCUCUAGCAGAUUCUUGUAAUGAUUUGUUACCAGAGCAAGAAAGAGAACUUGAAAAGCUACAAGUAUCAGAUAGUGUUAUUAGCGAACUUCAUCCUGGAGAAAAAGUCUUUCAUUCCGAGUUAUUUUUGAGAGUAUUCAAUGAAUUAAUGAAACCUAGUCAUUGUGGUUUUACACCUGGUGGUUCAUUAAUAGAUCAACAACUUAGUAAUGUACAAUCAGAUUUAUUAGCAGAUUUUCUUGC